UUCAUUUCAUUUGUUUUUUUUUUUUUUCUGUUUCUGUUUUCUGUGGUGUGCAUUUCUUUUGGUGACCGGCAUGCUUUGUCUCUUUUUUUUUUAUCUCUUUACUUCUCUUGUCACAUGUUUCUUUCUCUUGGUUUGGACGUUUUGGAUGGGAUAUCUGGGGUUUUCUUUAUUUUUCUUUUCUGGCGUUGGGUUUGGGGUAUGGGAUUUGGAACGGAAACGGAAACGGAAACGGAAAGCGGCACAGAUGCCAGGAUACCUGAUACCCCGUUGCCUACAAGGCACGAUACGACUACUCUAUAUAUACCCUUGAAUACGAUACGACGAUCUAUUUUCUUCGAUUCAGACUAUUUGAACUGAAUCUCAAUUGGACCGUGAUCUUGACUUCUUUGAUGAUUGUCAGGUCUUUCCCAUAUCAUCUCUCUUUUAUCUUUCUCCCUAUGUAAGACUGUUGCUUUGACAAAUAA